AUGCAGGGCCCUGUUCCCGUGCUCCUCGUCCCCCCCACCCCGGCCGCCCCUCACCACCUGAGGCAGAGCCCCACCGCCGUCGUCCCCGUGCCCGUGCUCCUCGUCGGCCUCGUCCCCGUGCUCCUCUUCGGUUCACCGUCGGCCCUGUCCUUCUCUACUAGGGAAGGACUGCAACGACUUCAAGGCGUUCUGCAUGUCCCACUUGGGCAAGUCGGGGUCGGAGGUGGACUACACUGGGCAGGAACCACCCACGGCGUACACCAACCCGGAAAUCGGCGAACGGAUCGUCCACGGGUGAGCUCUUCACAGCACCAGGUCGAUGCACUCCAGGCCGAGCUACAAAAUGAGAAGAAGCAGCGUGAGGAGACAGACGCGAAGCUUGUGGCCACAAGUGCGACGGUGGAGGCCCAGAAUGCGGCGCUGGCAAUGCAGCAAACAAGGCUAGAGGAACUAACGAAGUUCCUAGCAGCUGUUGGCGAGAAGUCCGGUUUGUCCUUGCCACCAGAGCUCCUCCAUCCCCUCCCUUUGCCGGUGCCUGUUCUACCUACUCCUCAACAGUCGGCGGGUUCGAAUCCUACUCCUGCAGCAAUUGCAGAAGGCAUACCCUCACCAGGCGUUCAGUACCCACCAGGCGGAGCCCCAACGUCUUGAGAUGCAGUGGUAGUGCUUGUUGUGAACUUGUGUUGUGAACUUGUGGAGACAACUAUGCACUUUGUGAACUUGAGCCGCACUUUGUGAACUUGUGGAUGUGAACUUGUGACAUUUGUGCUAUAUAUGUUGUGCUUGUUGUGGUGAAUGUGCCAGUGGUUGUAUCUAUGGUCUGGAUAACAUAUAUAUAUGUGUGUGAUUUUUAUUGUUUGAUCAGGUGGAUUGGAAAAUAAAAAUAAAAAAAACUGUUUUCUGUAGGUUUGCCGAGCGCA